UAAAUUUUCCAUUAAACUACGCAUCGCGAUUCAGUUGUAUACUUAUUGUUGUUAUUUAGUGUAAAAAUUGGUCAAAAAUCAUCUCAAUACUCUUCAAAUAUGGAAGAGGAUAAUGCUUGGGUUUUCGAUUCGCUUGUUACUUUUCUAAAUGGACCUAUAUGGAACGCACCUCUGCAGAGUUUCAUUGAAGAAAAAUCUCUGAUUUUUGAACCAAAUGCAGAAGACAAUGAAGGCUACAAAAAUAUAUUUGACGAGUUUAAAAAUUUGGUUGAUUUUAUGCUUGGAAAUUUUAUGGAAGAUAUUGGAAUUACAGCUGAGCAGUUUGAGAAUGCUUGCAAAGAAAGUAAACGAUAUCAAGUAGCUUUUGAUCCUAAUUCUUUUGAACAAAUUUGGGCGGCGAACGAUUUCGAAAUGUUUAAAAAAAUGAUGACACAAAGAAAUGUUGAAUUACAACUGCAAGCUCUUGAAUUGAUCGAACAAAAAUAUGGUAUAACACCUGAAUCAUUUGUUCCACAUAAUCACAACGAAAAUGUUAGAGAAAUACCAGCAAAUGUUGAGAAAUCUUCAGAUUUGGAACAACAUGUUAUGGAAGAAGUAGCUAAAAAUUUUAACGAUGAACGUGAAGAAAUAGAGACUCCUAAGAAAAUAGAGAAUAUAGAGGAGGAAAAAGUAAUUUUGGAGAGAGAAAAGGAAGUUCUGGAAAAAGUUUUGAAGGAAACUAAAGAAAAACAACUUCCAGAUGUAGCUGCGCCAUCAGCGCAUGCUAUCGAGCCGACAGUUAAGAAAGAACCCAGCAUUACCGAGAAAAAAGAUUCUCAACCAACUGAAAAAAAAGAUGAGAUCGACGCGUUGGAAUUGAAAAAACGCCAAGAUUAUUUGCGAGCUCAAAGAGAUAAAUUGGUGGCAUUGAAAAAAGAAGCUCGUCGUAAACAAUUAGAUAAAGGUACUACUAAGUUGAAAGAGAGACCAAAAUCGGCUAAAGCCGCCGAAGCGGUUUUGACAGGAGGGAAGAGCAACAUAGCACCCCAACAGCUGCAAUUUCGAAAAACUCUAGCUGAACGUUUAAGGGCGGAAGUAGUAGCAGCAAAUGAAUAAAAACACAAAACGUUUUUUACUUAUAUUUAUUACCUAAAUAUAUAACGAGUACAAUUUGUAUUUUACAAUUCUUUAAAACAUGUAAUUUGUUACAUAAAAACAAAUAUUAGAUAAUUGCCUUUUUGUCUGUUGAUUCAAAAAACGUAUCGCGUGUAUAAAAAAUAUUAUGAUGCUGCCGCCAACAAAUAAUAAUGUACCAGUCACAAGUUAUCCUAUUUGUAGAAGAACAGUAAAUCUUGUAUUAAAAAAAUUUUCAAAAGAUUUGUUAAAAUUAAUUGUUUUUUCAUACUGUUAUUUUUGACACACCUUAUAUAACUCACUGUGUAAUUUUUUUUUAGUUUUUUUUUAAGUUAAGUUUCAACUUCAGUCGCUCAUUUUUGCAUACACAUAGAUAACGAAUAAAGAAGCUUUUUGAUAAAUAGAAAUUUUGUUUUGUAGCUUUAAUUUCAAAAUGAAAUAUUCUAAAAUG